AUGCAUAGUGUCCCAGUUAUAGGCUGGAUAGACGAGUUCGACGAUGAACACCCUCGGUUUAUUGACGACAUGACAUUUAGUGUCCUCGGCGAGCUUGACGAAGACAAUAUUCCUUCUAUAAACCACUUCAAGGCGCGAAGUUGGCCUGAGUGUGUAGAACUAGUUGUCGAGAAAACCAGAAGAAAGGGUAUAGAAAACGCAUACAGUUUCCAAUGGUUUGCGUUGGCGGCCUCUCUUGCACCAACGGCCAAUUAUGAGCUGGGCAAGAAAGAAACCCCGAAAUUCAUUGACUGA